GAAAAGAUUCGACUCAGUAAAGUGAUACACGAUUCGGACAUCGCUAGACGCUAACUCAAUCUGGAAACAGCUUGUUCAACGUUAUUCAGCGUUAUUAGUUAUGGAUGUGACCGGUUCUGAUAGUGAUUGGAGGAGUACAGCCUUUCGACAAAAAGUAGUGGCCCAAAUAGAAGAAGCCAUGAGAAAAGCAGGAACUGCUCACACAAAGUCCAGCACUGACAUGGAGAACCAUGUUUUUAUCAAGGCAAAGACCAGAGAGGAGUAUUUGUCUUUAGUUGCAAGACUGAUAAUUCAUUUUAGAGACAUUCAUAAAAAGUCACAAGGUGGGCCUGACCCUAUGAAUGCCCUGCAAAGUAUACCAGGAGUGGGUGGAGGUGGUCCUGGAGUUAUUGGCAUUGGACCGCGGCCCCCUGGUGCACAAAUGGGUGGGAUGGGGCCAAUGCAAAUGGGUCAACAUGCCAUGCAGGGAGGUCAGCAGGGUGCAGGUGCUGCCGGGCAGAUGCCGAUGAUGCAACAGCAGCAGUCCAUUCAAUUUCAGCAGUUUCAGUCGCAGCAACAGGCAGCCAUGCAGCCUCAGCAGCCAGCACCUAUGCAGCCGAAUGCCAUGCAGUUCCAACAGAUAAGGCAGCAGCAGCAGCAGCAGCAGCAGCAGAAUCAACAACAGCAGCAGGCCCAGAAUCAGCAGCAACAACAGAACCAGUUGCACCAAACAAGAAUCCAGCAGCAGCAGUUAGCACAAAUGCAGCAACUGCAACAACAGCAGCAACUGCAACAUCAGCAGCAACAGCAGCAACUGCAACAUCAGCAGCAACAGCAGCAACUGCAACAGCAUCAGCAGCAGCAACAACUGCAACAGCAUCAGCAGCAGCAACAACUGCAUCAACAACAGGUUCAAGCUCAAGCUCAGGCCCAAGCUCAGGCUCAGGCUCAAGCCCAGGCCCAAAUGCAGCAGCAACAGCAGCAGCAGCUUCAAGCCCAGGUCCAGGCUCAGGUCCAGGCUCAGGUCCAAGCCCAGGUCCAAGCACAAGGUCAAGCCCAGGUGCAGGCUCAAGGAGUGGCAGGUCAGAUGCCCUCUCAUUCGCAGCAGCAACAAGUCAUGGUGCCCCAGUCAUUAGCACAAAUGACUCCUGGACAACAUCAACCCAUCAGCUCACUCAGCCAACAACAGCAGCAACAUCUGAAGCUCCAUCAGGUAAUGCAGCAGGCGAGAGUAUUGCAGCAGCAGCAACAGCAACAACAACAGCAACAACAACAACAACAACUACAGCAGCAACAACAGCAGGCUCAGCAGCUCCAGCAAGCCGGCCAGCUCUCCACAGUCCCUGGCCAGAUGAUGCCCCGUCUUGGGAUGCAAAUUCCACCCCGGUUGCCCCGCGCCACCCCGAACUCUGCCAAUCCUCAAAACCCUGUUGCCAUUGGAGGACAGCAAAUGCCACAGGGUCAACAAAGGAUGUCAUCACCUUCCUCAGUUCAGGUGCAGACGCCCCAACCGAUGCCACCUCCCCACCACCCACAGCCAUCCCCCCAGCCUCCUUCCUCUCAGCCCAACUCUGUCAGCUCUGGUCCAACCCCUUCUCCUGGAGGUUUCCAACCCAGCCCCUCUCCUCAGCCAUCCCAGAGUCCUGCAUCUUCACGCACCCCUCAGAGUUACCCCCUCCAGGUACCUUCACCAGGACCUCUCAAUACACCAGGCAAUCCAAGCUCUGUAAUGAGCCCAGCAGGAGCCACACAAUCUGAGGACCAGCUUUACAUGGACAAACUGAAGCAGCUGUCAAAAUAUAUCGAGCCGCUGCGCAGAAUGAUUAACAAAAUAGACAAAAAUGAAGAUAGGAAGAAGGAUUUGAGCAAAAUGAAAAGUUUGCUCAACAUUUUGACUGACCCCAACACAAGAUGUCCACUUAAAACACUACAGAAGUGUGAAAUAGCAUUGGAGAAACUAAAGAAUGACAUGGCAGUGCCAACUCCUCCUCCUCCUCCAGUGCCCUCUACCAAAAAGCAGUACCUGUGCCAACCGCUUCUGGAUGCUGUCUUGGCCAACAUCCGCUCCCCGGUUUUCAACCAUUCACUCUACCGCACGUUUGAUCCUGCUAUGACAGCAAUUCAUGGACCCCCAAUCACGGGUCCCUCAAUUCCUUCCCGUAAACGGAAGCUGGAGGAUGAUGAGCGCCAGACCAUCCCUAACAUACUUCAAGGGGAGGUGGCUUGUCUUCAUUCUAAAUUCCUGGUCAAUCUGGACCCGUCCUUUUGCAGCAACAAUGGAACGGUGCAUCUCGUAUGUAAACUAGAUGAUAAAAAUCUUCCCAGUGUUCCCCCUCUUCAGCUGAGCAUUCCAGCGGACUACCCCGAUCAGAGCCCCCACUGGGAAGAUGACGGUCAGCAGUAUGAGGCCAACCCCUUCUUGCAGAGUGUGCAUAAGAACAUGACCUCUAAACUCCUUCAGCUUCCUGACAAGCACUCAGUGACUGCGCUGCUGAACACCUGGGCUCAAAGCGUGAGGCAGGCUUGCCUUUCAGCUGCUUAGUAUGUAUUCCCAUCGGCACUAUCAGCCCAGUAUAAUCUCUAUGGAAUGAUGGCAAUAUAUUAAUACUUUCUUUGUCUUUUUUUUUUUAUUUACCUGAAUUAUAAUCAAUUUUGUUUAGUUCCGUACACUAAGGCCUUAACUGUUUGUGCAUUGCUUCAUUAAUAAAGACAUUUAAACUGC